GUGGCUAUAACCACACUUUUCACAUCCAAGACACACACGUUGAUUGUUGACAGAGGCCCAAAGCCAUUUCCUUACAAUGUUGAAUUUGCAAGUAAAAGUGCAUCCAGUAGUGUUAUUCCAGAUAGUGGAUGCAUACGAAAGACGGAACGCCGAUUCCUAUCGAGUAAUUGGCACUUUGCUGGGGACUUCAGACAAAGGAAUUGUGGAGGUAACGAACUGUUUCUGUGUGCCCCAUAAGGAGUAUGAUGACCAAGUGGAAGCUGAACUGGCCUAUGCUAUGGAUGUAUACGAACUGAAUCGUAGAGUAAACUCCAGCGAAUCUAUCGUAGGAUGGUGGGCUACGGGCCAUGAAGUUACUAAUCACAGCUCCGUCAUCCAUGACUACUAUUCCAGAGAAUGUGUGAACCCCGUUCACCUUACUCUCGAUACGAGUUUGCAGGGCAGCCGUAUGGGCCUGAAGGCUUACGUGUGUGUCAACUUCGGCGUGCCAAAUGGCAAACAAGGCUGCAUGUUUACAUCCAUUCCAGUAGAGAUCCAAUGCUAUGAUCCGGAAGUUGUUGGCUUGCAACUGUGCCAGAAGACCAUUGGAGGGACAGGCCGACCAAGAAGCGUAAACCCCGAAAUGGACUUGGCCCAUGUGGCAGAAGCUGGACACAAAAUGAGCGCAUUGUUGGAUCAAGUCUUGGCCUAUGUGGAAGAUGUUUUAGCUGAUCGCCAGCCUCCCAAUAACGAAGUCGGCCGCAGUCUUUUACAUUUGAUCAACUCUGUGCCUCAUAUGACAUCCGACCAGUUUUCCGAAAUGUUUAACAGCAAUGUGAAGGACUUGCUAAUGGUUAUUUCACUGUCGCAGCUCAUCAAGACUCAGCUGCAAUUGAAUGAGAAGCUCACUUUUUUGACAUCGCCCUAAGUAUUGUAUUGGCUGGCUAAUAAAGGCGAUUUUUGAAAUA